GAAUCGAGUGAGCGCAAUCGGUAAAGUCUCGAUCUCGUUGCAGCAAAGUGAGGCUUCACUCCAGGCGAGUGCGGUAAGCCUUCCUAGUCAUAUUUUUCUAAUGUGUCGAGUUUUUAUCGAUAACCUGUAAUCAUUAAUUAAUUUACGACCCUUACGUCGUCCAACUGUGUUGUUGACGCGAGCGCCGGCCAACACUGAACCACCAAAACCCACCCGAUAUAGAAUAAGAGUACUGCCUGCGCCUGGCCCGUGGCUUAUUCUUGUCGUUGAGAUACUUAUUGGAGAGCGAAUCUUUCUGUAAUCAAACUCGCCCUCCCUUCGCAAUGUCUCCGAUCGUCCACGUGCUGGACGACUAUUACCUGGCCAUCACCCUCCUCAUCACGGUGGCCUACCAGCUCUUUUUCUUUGCCAUCGCCUUCUCCUUCAAGUUCGACAAACUCACCGACUUUGCCGGCGGCACAAACUUUGUGGUCCUUGCCAUCAUCACCCUCGCCUUAUCCGGCAGUCCCGAUGUGCGCCAGAUCGUCGUAUCCGUAUUUAUGAUAGCCUGGGGCCUGCGACUGUCGGGAUUCCUGCUAUUUCGCAUCCUCAAGACCGGCAAAGACGACAGGUUCGAUGAUAAGCGCGACAAGUUCUUCCCCUUCCUGGGCUUCUGGGUUUUCCAGAUGUUCUGGGUCUGGCUCGUCUCGCUACCCGUCACUGUACUUAACUCGCCAAACGUUCGAGCCUAUCAACCGCAGCCGGCAUUUGGGACCGGCAGGGACAUAGCCGGAGUCGUGCUAUGGAGCAUCGGGUUCCUCAUGGAGAGCGUCAGCGAUGCGCAAAAGUACCGCUUCCGGUCAUCUCACGAGGGAAACAGGUCUGCCAUCUGCGACAAGGGCCUGUUCGCCUUGUCGAGACAUCCCAAUUACUUUGGCGAAAUGAUUCUGCAGUUUGGCAUAUUCACUAUUGCAGUCUCGCCAGCUGCAGAUGGUCCUGUAGGCGGCCAAGCAUUCAAGGCGCUUUACGCAACUAUCAUUGGGCCCAUCUUCCUGACAUUGCUGCUCAUGUUUGUUUCUGGUUUGACGCUACAGGAGCGGCCAGGCGCCAAAAAGCGGUACGAAAAGGGCAACAACUGGGAGGGAUACAAGCGAUGGCUGGACAGGACAAGUAUCCUCAUCCCAUUCCCACCACAACUGUACAAGAAGCUGCCGUCCUUUUUGAAGAGGACAAUAUUCUUGGAAUUCCCGAUUUACGUCUUUGACCCGGCCAAGCACUCGGAUCAGAACAGGGCCGGCGACGAAGAACAGGCUAGGCAAAGCGGCGAUGGUCUUGUCGGCCCUCAAUCAUAAUGGCGUCAUUACUUGCGUUUACCCCCUUCAGUCCACAUGUGGACGUCGAUGUAUAACCCGGCAAUACAGCCCUUCGCAAAUAAUAAUGAUAGCUAUUUAAUGACGCUAAUACAUGGCACAGCAUACCCGUUUACUGUACAUGUGCAGCCCGCGCCUUUUGGUAGUGCUAAUAGUAUAUAUCUUAUAUUUGAAGUUGAGUUGCCAUACAAAUAGGCAUGCCGUCUCACCAAGG